AUGGUCAUGGUCCGGCUUCCCUCCGCCGGCGCUUCAGAAGUCGACCUCGCUCGUCCAGUCGGAACAAGGAUGCCACUUCUACUAUGUGUUACUACCACCGACGAUUUGGGUCUGCAGCACACUACUGCACCAAGCCGUGUUCCUAUACUGCGGUCGCGGAAAACAAAACCGCCAGCGACUGUGACCACACCACCAGUUUCUUCCUCUUUUAUUCAGGACUUACGCCUUAAAAUGGCAAACUUAUGCUAUACACCACCGCGGCACUGCCCGAGUGAUAUCUAUUUACCGCACCAGCUCAAGGACUGCGAGUUUGUAUUUGUACGUAACGACUCUGUUAAGCGGCCUCUUACGCCGGCCUACACAGGCCCAUACCGCGUUCUUAAACGCGCGGACAAAUAUUUCCAAAUACAAAAAGGUAUUCACACCGACAACGUUUCAAUAGAUCGGUUGAAACCUGCCUUUAUAGAGAAACCGUCGUCUCAUACUACUUCCCAAUCAACUCCGCAAGUUCAGGAGAAUUUCAAGACACCUGUUUCUCUCGACAAGCCUAAAGUAUACCAGCUCCAGUCGAAAAGUCACCUUUCCAAAGAAAUUUGA